AGCCGCGCCGGCCUCGCUGCCGCGCCGGCCGCCCCCGCUGCCCCCGCGCGCCGGGUGCCGCGCCGCGCGCACCGCGGGAGCCGCCGACGCCUCGCUCGCGCCCGCGGCGGAGCGAUGGCGGACUUCACCCAGUCGGCCGAGGAGCUGCUGACCAAGCUGGACACGUACCGUGAGCAGCUUGCGCAGGUGGAGGAGGCCCUCGAGCAGCAGCCGGACGAGCCUUCCCUGGUGAAGCUGAAGAAUGACCUCACGGAGGUCAUCGUGCUCACGGAGGACCUGGUCAAGUACCAGGCCGCCGCGCCCGAGGACACCAAGGCUGGCCAGGCGAGCGCGGCGCCUGCGGCACCCGCGCCCGUCGCCAGCAGCAGCAAACGGGAGAACAGGUCCGUGCACACCGCGCUCGUCGGCAGGACAUGCGAAGCGUUCUUCGAGCAGAAGUGGUACAAUGCGGAGGUCCGGUCGGUGCGCCGCGACGAUCGCGGCAUCGAGCGGUGCACCGUGGACUUCAUUGGCCAGUCGCAGUCCCGGGAGUACAAGGUCACAGACAUCAAGAUGCUGCGACCGCCGCACCCCGCGCAGUGCCAGCCGGGCACAAGAUGCCAGGCGGUUUUUCCAGAAGAUGGCCUGUGGUACGACUGCAUGAUUACAGAGCAGACGGAGAAGGGCUACAAGGUCAGCUUCACCGAGUAUAGCGGCAAGGCGGAGGUGAAGUUCGACCAGAUCAGGCUGCACAGCUCCGGCAAGGUGGGGGAGAAGAAACGCCAGAUCAAGGAGGUCUCCACCCCAGCGGGCUACAAGAUUCCCGAGAGUAUGGUUAUCCAGAAGACGGACACGACGGAGGUCGUGGAGGCCAAGAAGCGCAAGAUCCAGGCCAUAAAGAAGCAGCAGCGGACGGACAGGCAGGACGAGGAGGCGCAGAAGAAGCAGUCCAACUGGCAGAAAUUCCACCACAACAAGGCGAGCACGAAAAGCAAGUGCGGCUUCAACACAGGGAAGCCGAAGGAAAGCAUGUGGAAGGUGCCGGACACCCUGGACGGCAGGGUGGGCGUCAUUGGCAGCGGGAAGGAGAUGACCCCGUUCCAGGAGGCGAAGAAGUUCACCUACCAGUACGUCUGAGCGCCCGCGCGCCGCGCCCCCCGCCCCGACCUUGUGCGGCGCGUAUGACUCCCGACAAAACGGCGCG